CAGAUCUCUCAAUUUACAGUUCAUUCUCAUAACACAUCGCGAUUGAUAUCGGACAACUUGGAAGGUCGCUGUAAAACCAAGACAUCGGUUGACAUUUCAUAUUACACAUAUGUGGUAUGUGGGCAUGUAUGUACGUAUGUAUGUGAUGGAUGCAUGGAGGUACACCCAAUGUGGCAACACCCACCUUUGUUAUUUCUAAUCAUCGAAAUGAAAACCCAAACACUUAUCUAGACCUAGUGUCAUUCGAAACAACACCAACAAUCGCUUUAUUAAACAUAUCACGAAUUAUCGAAUAAUAUUGAAAUUGAUAAGAUGCCAGCGGCACGAAAACAGACAUAGUUUCGAAGUGGGUUGUACCCGAUUUAGUUGCUAUUUAGAAAGACACCGGGAUGGAUUAACUUGGCAUCCCCAAAACGCAGAAACCACAAACUAAACAUCGGAAAUCACUUUCCAUUCGACGAGCAAUGGCGCCCAAAUCGAGAACCUUGAAAAUCCUAACAAUGAUCGCCUUUGUGUGGCUGUUCGUCAUACUGCUGAUGAACGUAUUCAACAGCGGCCACAGCUACUAUUACAGCAGGAUCCUGCGGCACCUGGAAAACGGAGACACCAACCAAACAAAGAGUUCAUGGAACAGGCAAAUGUCGGACAGUGCAGCCGGCAGUGGACUAUCGGAUGAAGACGCCUUCACAGAAUACAGUAACAGAGAGCCAUCGAUCGAUGAAUUGUUUGCCCGGUUCGAAGCCGAGCUGCCCAAUAUUCCAUUCGGUUAUGCUCGCCGCCAUCAAAACCGUACUAUGCGAAAGUCUCUCAACUGUGCCACAUUCCCAGCCUUGCAGACUUUAAACUUUUACAAUAACUACUGGCAGACCUACCGUCGGGACAACCUCACGUUCUAUUUGUAUGGGGCCUACUACGACGAACGCAAGGACGUUCCACAAGGACCGGUCGUUAGAAUUCUAGCACUCGUCAACCAACUGAAGCCACCCUUUCCAACAUCCUACUGCCAGGUUUGGUAUGAAAACCAAACCGUUCCCCAACUACCGCAGAUAUCUGAAUACAAAUCCAUCUGGAAGUGGGGCGGGACUCGAAUGUUCUUCCCGGUCUUAAUGACCUGUCCGUUGUCGAAGACGUCGUCGAAUACGAACGAGACCGCAGGCAUUCCCCAGGCCGUUUCCAUUGUUGUUCAUCAGUGUGACACUGCAGUAAACAUCUUGAAUGUCGUCUUCAACAAACCCUCGGAGGUGGAGGCGAGAUCAACGUUCGCCGUGUGCGUGAAGGGUUUGGACUUUCCCUAUAUCGAUCUAUCAAACCGGCUGGCCGAGUGGCUAGAAAUGCAACGCCUCCUGGGAGCCGAAAAGGUUUUCAUGUAUGAGAUUGAUGUGCAUCCAAACGUCAGACGGCUUCUGGACUACUACGAGAAGGAAGGCUUUGUCGAAAUUCGGCCGAUCACCUUGGUGGGCGGGGUUGUUGGUCUGCCCAUCCUGCAGCACUGGAUCCUGAAGUCGACAAUAUUCAACAAGCGUUUGAACGAGCUGAUACCCUACAAUGACUGCUUCUACCGCCACAUGUACGAGUACGAGUACAUUGCCCUGGUCGACGUUGAUGAAAUUAUAAUGCCUCGGGGGGAACUGCGCUCAUGGCAUGAUAUCGUCCAAGCGUCCAUGCCACACAGCGAGUCGAUGAACUGCACGCAGGGCUUCGCCGCACUGUGUUUUCGCAAUACGUAUUUUCCGCACAAUCCAGACUUAUUCCCGGUAGUCAACAGCACCGAUGACUACAACCCGCAGCCCUCGUCCAACCCCUCGUAUAUGUUCUACCUGAACCACACGUACCGUACGGCCAACUAUUCGCGUCCGGGCGAUGCUACCAAAUGUCUCCAUCGAACAUCCAAAGCAGUGACUCUGCACAAUCACUACAGCAUAGAAUGGAUGGGGACGUGCAAGCCGUUCAACAUGCCCGAAACGAUAGCCCAUCUGCAGCACUACCACGACGAGAAGCCCAGUCCGAAAUUUCGGGAAUUGACGACUGAUCGCAGUAUUGAACGUUACCGAACGCCACUGAUAGAACAAACGACAUCGGCGUUGCGUAAAGCAGGUCUGCUGAAAUAAGCCGAUGCAAUUGUUGUUGCAGCCACUAGCCUACUCAAGACCAAAGGUGUGGGUACAAGAGCAGCUUGAAAUCUUCGAGUGGCAUAUUUUGUCACACAUCAUAAAGGGAUUUCAGAGUCGCACGCAAAUCCAGCCGUCGUUUCUCCUCUUACUAGCCACGAUGCCAAGCUGCUUAUGUGGCCACACCUUAAGUCCCAAUUAAGAUAGAUUAUUUUGAUUUUAUAAAAACCUGUAGCUUUUGCCAUAGCCAUAAGAUUUUGUUAGCGUUGCGGAUAUUUAUUAUUUGUAGUUUGUAAGCCAAGCAUAAAAUAAAUCGACCAGACGGCCAUCUCUCAUUGUA